AUGGAUCCUGUUAAACAUAGUACGGCGCCAGAUGAUGAACCAUUAUUUGAUCCUGAUGUUCUGAAGAAACUGGAUUUUUCUCAACAUUCUUCGAAAUUGAAUCCUUCAAUAUCAGUUAUGGACCCGGGCCCAUCGCUUCUGGUUCGGCCGCUUUAUUCAUCAGAUUAUAACAAAGGCAUUUUGGAGUUGCUCGGCCAGUUAACACAAGUGGGGUAUGUUGAUCAAGAAACAUUUUUGAAGCGAUUUACUGCAAUGAAAAAAUGUUCUGGUACUUACUAUGUAAUAGUAAUAGAAGACACAACUAUCAACAAGGUGGUUGGAGCAGCAACAUUAGUGGUGGAACAGAAGUUUGUCCAUGAUUCUGGCUUGAGAGGUUUAUUAGAAGAUGUAGUAAUAAAUGACAAUUAUAGAGGCAAACAAUUAGGUAAAUUAAUUGUUAUCACUGUUUGUCUACUAGCAGAACACAUUGGUUGUUAUAAAAUUACAUUGAAUUGCAAAGAUAAAUUAAUACCAUUUUAUCAGAGUCUUGAUUUUGCAUUUGAGCCAGAUCAAUCAAACAGUUGUAUGACAAUUCGUUUUUCUACAUAA